AAAAAAAUGUAUAACUCGAAGCCAAUGCCAACUCAACACGACCCCAAUGUGUGCAGUUGUGGUGCACCAUUAGCAAGCAUUAACGCCUCAUUGUUUAUUUAGUAUUAUUAUUAAAUACUUAUCUGAAUUAAUUAUUGAGUACCACUCACCCACCUCAUCCCUAUUUCAACCCUCACCGCGUUAUCACUUAUCAACACAACUAUCCACAGUUUCACUCACUCAUUACUAAAAUAAACAUAAAAUCCAAAAAACUUAUAUUAAUCUCUCCAAAUACACACAAUAUGCAAGUCAACGAAAAAAUGAGGAAUCGCUACCACCUUGGUGAAAAACGCUGGUUCUUAGGCCUGUUAGUCAUUUUGGGAAUAAUCGGAGCAUCACUUUUCAUAACUACCUUACUCCAAACCUCAAACAAUACCUUGUUAUGUUCUCUCACCCGAACCAAUACCCGAACCACAAACCAACUCAACAACCCAACACAGAUCCAGCUUCAUGCUAUCCUUCACUACGCAACCUCACACGUUGUCCCACAACAAUCUAUUUCUGAGAUCAGCGUUACCUUAGACGUUAUCAAAUCCCUAAACCGACCCAUAAACUUCCUCGUUUUCGGGCUUGGCCACGAUUCAUUAAUGUGGACCGGGUUUAACCCAAGUGGCACCACGCUAUUCCUCGAAGAGGAUCCAAAAUGGGUCCAAACCGUACUUAAAGACGCGCCUGAGCUUCGAGCCCAUACCGUUCAGUACCGAACUCAGCUCCAAGAAGCCGAUGAGCUUCUCAAAUCUUAUAAAUCGGAGCCGACUUGUUCACCGGCUAAAGCCUUUUUACGCGGAAACGAAAAAUGCAAACUCGCUCUUCACAAUCUCCCUGACGAAGUUUACGAAACAGAUUGGGAUUUGAUAAUGAUAGACGCGCCGAGAGGCUAUUUCGCGGAGGCUCCGGGUCGUAUGGCGGCGAUAUUUUCGAUGACGGUCAUGGCGAGAAAUAGAAAAGGUUCCGGUGUGACGCACGUGUUUCUGCACGAUGUGGAUCGGAAAGUUGAGAAGGUUUAUGCGGAAGAGUUUCUCUGUAGAAAAAAUCUGGUGAAAGGUGUUGGUAGACUUUGGCACUUUGAAAUUCCUUCUCUGGGGAAUCAAAAUAACACUCUCGAUCAUUCCAUUGCUUCUCGUUUCUGUUAAGAAUUAUUAUUAGCCAUUGGACUAUGUUUUUGUUUUUAUUUUUUUCUUACAGAUAAUUUGUUUUGAUCUGAAAUGAGUGAUGCUUAGCGAUAUUUAUGAUUCUAUAUUUUAAUUCUGUUUUCUGGUUUUAUUUUUACCUUUCGUCGUUUCGUGAUUAGUGGCAAAUUGUAUUGUCGGUGGAGUUGGAUUUCAUAGGUGGACGGUGAUGAUUAUUCGAUUGAACCGUUCUUAUGCUGACACGAGGCAGCUUGUGAAUUUCUUUUUUUUUAACUCUUCUUCGUCUAUAAUCCAUUCCAAUACAUUUGAA